CAACUCCUUGGGGAACAAUGGCGACUACAGCAAUAGGGGGAUGGAUCGCCUCAGCCUGCAUAUCAAAGCUGGUUGAUAAGGUGUGUUCUUAUGCAGGAGAUCAGUACGAAUACCAACGGGAAGACACAAAGGACAAACUGAGAAGCCUUAAGGAGAGUCUACUGACAGUCCAAGAAUUGGUAUGCAGAGCUGAGAGAUUGCAAGGUAGGGAAACAAACAUUGCAAAUCAGUUAAGGGGAAUUAAAGAUGCUGCUUAUCAGGCUGAGGAUGUUCUGGAUUUAUUUGAUUACCGAGUUCUAGAAGCACAGGCUGAAGUCAUGGACAAGGUGACCACUAAAGCUCAAGUCAUGGGCAAGGUGACCACUAACUCAAUUUCAUCUGCCAUAGCUGGUUCUUCUUCAUCCUGUUCCUCUUCAUCAUCCUCCAUAACCACCCUUAGCAGUGAUUCAACAGUAAAACGGUCAGUUCGUGCUCUCAAACGAUUCCUUUUCUGUGAUGAAGAUCUCACUAAGUUAGCUGCUGCAGUGACUAUAUUUAAUGAGAUUGAUAGUCGGAUGAAAACACUCCUGGAGUUACUGAAGCUAGAAAACAGGGCACCAGAACAUCCAGUUCAGUGGCGCACAACAACCUCGAUGCUGGACACCACAAAGUUUUUUGGACGGGUUAGUGAAGGUAAACACCUAAAGAAGUUACUUAUUCAGAAAAAUAAAAAGUCCAGUCAACCUUAUGAUGUUAUAUCAAUUGUUGGCAUUGCUGGUGUCGGUAAGACUGCGCUUGCACAAAAGGUGUAUAGCAUUUUUUAUGAUAAAGAGAAACACUUUGAUUUUAUGGCAUGGCUCCAUGUUUCAAAUAAAUUCGACGUUGAACGCCUAAUAAAAGAGUUGGUACAGUCAGUUCACCUUUGUACAGCUGCUGAGUUGAGCAGCAUCAGUAGUUUAGAUCAAGCUCAGAGGAUACUUAAGGACAAACUGAAAGGUAGCAGGAUUUUGGUAGUAUUUGAUGAUGUAUGGAAUGAAAUGAGCAGCCAGUGGGAGAAUCUGUGCAAGCCUCUGCAGUCUACCAGUAAAGGCAGCAAACUAAUAGUAACUACUCGAAGUCAAAAUGUUGCAAACAUUAACGGGGCAACCGAGAUAGUGCAUUUAGAUGGCCUAGAAGAUGAAGACUACUGGGAACACUUUUUACAGUGUGCCUUUCAUGAUGCAAAUCCAUCCCAAUUUCCACAAUUGGAAAGUAUUGGUCAAGAAUUGGUAAAGAAGUUGGCUGGUUCACCUUUAGCAGCUCAGACAGUAGGGAACUUAUUAAAGUUUAAACUAGAUGAAAAACACUGGGAGACAGUCAAUGGAAGAAAAUUGUGGCAGAUAGAACAGAAGGAAGAUGGUAUUAUGCCAGCACUGAGGUUGAGCUAUGUGCGUCUUCCUGAUCAUUUGAAGCAGUGCAUUAUUUAUUUUGCCUUAUUCCCUAAGAAUUACCAACUUCGAGGUGAUGCACUAAUAAGGAUGUGGAGAGCUCAUGGUUUCGUUAACAAGGAAACACCAGAUGAAACCGCAUAUCGUUACAUCAAUGAUCUUUUACAGAUUUCAUUCAUCCGUAAGGUUGCCAAUAUAGAGGAUCAUUAUGUUGUUCAUGACUUGCUACAUGAUUUUGCUGAGUCAAUCUCAAAUGGUGAACACUUCCGUAUAGAAGAUGAUUUCCAUGUCAGUAUUCCAACAAAUGUUCGCCACCUAUAUGUCAAUGCAAGCAACAUAUCUACUGUGUAUGCAAGCCUUGAAGAAAACAUAGAAAUAAAGAAAAAUUUGAGAAGCUUAAUAAUAUGCAAGGCAGAUGUUGCCUCCUGGAGCUGGACCCGCACAUCUAAUUUCAACUAUGCUCUGGAAGAAACACUGAAAGAGUUAGGAAGCUUACGGGUAUUAGUGCUCCGCCAUCCUGCUGGUGUUCUGCCAAACAACAUCCAGCAUAUGGUCCACCUUAGGUAUCUGGACAUCAAAGAAAGCAGAGAAUUUACCUUUCUGCCUACAUCGUUAUUUGGACUCUACCACUUGCAAGCAUUGAGUCUGCAGUCUCGGUAUGUGAAUAGACUAAAAAUAGGACUCGAAAAUGGCAUCAGCAGGUUGACCCAGUUAAGAUACUUAGAUGCUCCACCAGGAAUAAUUUCAGGCAUAAAAUUGAUUGGCAAGCUCACAUUCCUCCAGGAAUUCAACCAUGGCAAUGCAAAGAAAAGAAAAAGAACAGCAUCAUUAUAGAAAAACUCAAUCAAGAAUGCAUAUGCGUGCACUCAGCCUUUUAUGGACAACUGGGUCACUGCAAAAAACUAGUCAGACCAGGAACCUCACACCAGAAAAAAGUUCAUACUGUAUGUAACGAAGAAAUCAGUUUUUUCACUCUCAGUUGCACAUGAUACUCUAAGAAGAAUAUAUAUCGUGAAUAAAUAACUAAUUGUGUUUUCUAUCUUGCAGGCACCGUGUUAUUUCUAAAAAGGAAACGACAUGUUUUCAACUGCUAACAUGGUGAGACAUUGUCAUUGCAAUUAAACUUAAGGAGCCGGAGACAUCAGUACAUCGGGAGCAGAUAGGUUGAGCUACGGCAGCUACAGGAAAAUUGAAGGUAGACCAUGGUCCUUGAUAAUAUGUGUCAUGUGCAAAAGCUAAAUUGUAAAUAAUUUAGCUGCUAAGUUGUGAAACUCACUAGGCCAACAUGCAGGAACAUCUCAAACAACUCAGGAUUUAGAUGAUUCGGUUCAC